AUGAGACAAAAAAGAAAAAGUUUUUUGUAUUUUGCGCUUUCUAUAACUUUGGUUUUUAUCUCUGUCUCCACUGUGCUGUCGGAGGAGGUCCUUUCGCUUGCAUUCGAAGCAGCAGCAGCAGCAGCAACAGCAGCAGAUGCUGCAUAUCCACCACCAGUAGCAACAGCAACAGCAGCAGCAGCAGGCGCAGGGGCAGCAGAUGCACUAACAGCAGCAGCACCACUUCCAGAUGCGUAUUUAGACGCGUAUAUGGGAGCAGCAGCAGCAGCAGCAGCAGCAGCAGCAGCACCAGACAGAGCAGCAGCCGACACAGCAGCAACAGGCCAAGCAGCUGCAGCAGACUCUGCAACAGAUGCUGCAGCAGCAUUUUUUGACUCCUCUUUGUCUUCUUCUGUCUUUUCCUCCUACGAUUCAUUUCAAGGAGAUUGUUUGCAGUGUACAGACACCUGGGGCUUGCGAGAAGCAAAAACAAACGAAAACGAAGAAGAGAGAAAAGCUAUUGAAUUACUUUCAGAGGCUUUCUGUCUCUGUCUCGUCGAUGCCUUCCACUCAGACGAACUCCUGCAGCAGCAAAAUGCUGGCAGCAGAAAAAAUCAGCAGCAAACGUGGUGGGUAAGCCCCACGCUGCAGCAGCAGCAGCAGCAGCACGAGGAUCAAAUAUUAACACCAGCUGCUGCAGCAGUAAUAAAAGAAAACCAGGCUGCAGCAGAAGCAGCAACAGCGGCAACAGCAACAGCAGCAGCAGCAGCAACAACAACAACAACAACAACAGCACCAGCGGCAGCAGCAACAGCAGCAGCAGCACCAGCAGCAGCAGAUGAUUCAAUCUCUUACAUUGAGAGUUCAUUUGGCUGGAGGUUUGCUGGGAAGCAGAAGGCUUCCUCUUUGUCUUUGUCUUUGUCUGUAGAGCAGCAAAUGAGAGAAGCAGACAGACGCCUGCGCGAGACGACGCAAAACCCAGAACAGCUGCAGCAAAUGAGCAGCAGCAGCAGCAGCAGCAGCACAGCAGCAGCCGCAGCAGCAGCAGCACGAAACAUAUUCAUGCAGAAGAAAAUACUACCCGCUGGAAGCCCCUUAUCUGCUGUUGCUGCUGCAGCAAAAGGCGAGAUGCCUGCAGCAGCAGCAACUCGAUCAAAUCCCACUGCACUGGAGCUGCUGCAGCAGCAGCAGCAGCAGCACAAGGCAGCAGCAGCUGCUGCUGUUGCUGCUGCUGCUGGCUUUCCCCAUAUAUUAAUUGGAGUUGUGCUCGCCGACGGCUCUGUCUGGGGCAUCGAUGAUCUGAGAGAAGGGCUUAUGACAUCGAGGCAGCAGAGCCUUCAGCAGCAGCAGCAGCAGCAGCAGCAGCAACGCCAGCAAAACGUUGCAGCAGCCGCUAGCACAGCAGCAGCAACAGGAACAGCAGCAGCAGCAACAGCUGCUGCUGCUGCUGCUGCUGUCCCCUCAGAGUCUUCAUUUGCAUGCAGCAGCAGCAAGAAGCCCCCCCUGAAUUCUCACGAGAAAACAGCAGCAGCUGCAGGAGCAGCGGUCUCAGGGGCAGCAGCAGCAGAAGCAGCAACGGCCUCACAAGCAGCAGCUGCAGCAGCACCAGCAGCAGCAACAGCAGCAGCAGGAGCUGCAGCAGAAGCAACAUCAACAUAA